AUGCCCACAGGCAGGCCUCCACCAGAUGAAGCGGCAUCGAUUGAUUUUGAACCUUACAACCCAGCAAACCACAAAGCCGAACUCGCGUCUUUCAUUUACAAAGUCGAUAGCCAUGCCAUAAUUCCCUCAAAGAUCAAGGUUGAUCCAUUACGUGACCUUGCCCAAGAAUACUUGGACAGACUUAUACUCCGACAGUCGGCCCAAAACUCUCCUCACAGUCAAACAGCAAGCCGUCGUACUGAAGACGCCUCCGACGGCUCCACUGAAGACGACUCCAACGACUCCCUUUCCUCUCCUGAGGUCUCACCUGAGCCAGUCCAACUACCAAUACCGCCAACAACAGUCAUCACUCCCUCUCCCCCGCCGAGAAGAGGGGCCCGAUCACCAGGCAGAGCUAGGACUGGUGGUCGAUCUCGAUCACCUGCCAGACCUGCUGCUCGAUCACAGGCAAGAGCUCCUCGAUUACCGGCCAGAAGAGCUCCUCAAUCACCGGCCAGAGCUGUGGCUGAUCGAGCCCCAGCGCCGGCUAGACCUGCACCUAGAUUGCCAGCAAGAGCCCCUCGAUCACAGGCCAGAGCUGCGGCUGAUCGAGCACCAGCAAGAGCUCCUCGAUCCGCCAGAGCUCAAUCACCCGCGAAAACUCCUUCCAAAACAGCCCGAGCUCGACCACAGGCAAGGACUCCUUCCAGAACACGCGCUCGAUCUCCGGCGACUCCGUCCAGAAAACAGGCACAAAGUUCCAGGCACUCUGCUGAUACUCGUGGUCGAUCCCCAUCAAGAAGAUCAAAGGGCAGAUCUUCAUCUCUCUCCCCCUCCCCGAAACGAGCCUAUCCUAGAAGCUCUGGACGAGCCUAUGCUAGAACCUCUGCAUCGCCAUCUCCCAGAAAUGCCCGUCCUGAAAGCCGAGCACCUAACGAAAAAAAACGCAUGCAAUCUCAAUCACCGCAACGGAAGUCCAAAAAGCGGCACGUUUCAUUUGAAGAAUUGCAGCCAAAGAGACAUUCAAAAUUACCCGUUGAAGACGAAUCGACAUCUGGCGAGGAUUCAUCACUUUCAGAAUCCAGUUCUCUUACUUCACAGUCUGGCGACUCCAAUUCCGAUUCCGAGUCAGACAACAGAGCCUCAAGGAAAAGUAAGGGUAAGAACAAGGCACCGGCCAAAGACAAGUACUGGGAUCAAGCCAAAAACAAUUACAAAAAAUUCAAGUCGGUGAAGUCUGCGCAGCCACUCAAGUCAGCACUUGUAACUGGUAAAAAACUUUUGAAGAAUCACAUCAUCAACAUCGACUCUGGCACUGAUACUAACACCCGUCGUCAUAACACCCGUUCGGGCCGUAGGCCACCGCGGCGCUCGCCCUCGCCAGCUUAUGAAGACCUGUGCUACGCCGAAGAGGGACGACAGGACGCCAAUUCAUAUUCUCGCCCAAAGAUCUCGCCCUUCUUGCAGCUGCCUCCGGAUCGCGAGCGAUCGAAUCAAGAUGUGCCAGCUCAGAGUCACAACCAAGACCCACAGCCCAGACGCAGGAGGUACAUUCAGAUGGGAGGGGGAAGCCAAACGUUUGCCGCAGCAGGGAUUGAUUACCAUCAGGGCAAAGAUCACCCAUCUGAAUGGCGUUUCACCCCCGCCCCAAUUCCCUUCUGUCCGACUCUUGCACGACCCCAUUGCCCCAGCACCUCUCAUCUGGCGCAGUCACCUCACUCACUCACAGCGACCCACAGGUAUCCCAGUGUUGCCCCUUCGUAUGGAUAUCACACCUCUCAGUCCAACGUCGGGGAUCCAGCAUCUCCACAGUUCAACAUCCCUCCAGCAUUUCCACAGUCCAACGUCCCUCCAGCAUUUCAAGUCGCUCCAGCAUUUCAACCGUUGUCAACACAAGCCUCAGCGGUCGCAGACAGCCAAGAGCCUGGCCCUCCGGCCCUCGGCAGACCAAAGCCCUUCGACUAUUCACAGUAUUGGCCCAAGGUCGAAUCACAAAAUCAGAACUUGCCAAUCAAAAAACCCAGCAAUCGGAGACCGGCUCCUUCCUCAAAUUUCAAUUUCUCCUAUGCUCUUGGUAUCCAGGAAAAGCCGGACCCUCAGCCGCUUGGUCGAUUCAACCAGACCCUAGAAAAACAGCCACCCCCGCCGCCCCUUUGCUUUGGCCAAUCUGCUCACCACGCAAAACAACCUCAUGCCCUGCCUCCUCGAUUCAAUAAAACUUCCGACCAGUCGAUUCGGUCAGCCUGA